AUGGCCACCAAACGCACACUUAUUGCAGCUAUAGGCGAUGACGAUACAAUAACGGGGCUGCUGUUGGCCGGCAUCGGCAAUGUGGACGAGGGGAGCGAGAAGAAGCAAUCCAACUUCUACGUCCACGAGCAGCACGCGCAGUUGAGUGUGUUGGAGGACCAUUUCAGGCAAUUCACGCAGGAGAGAGAGGAUAUAGCCAUUCUACUGAUAAAUCAGCACAUCGCUGAGCUUAUUCGCCCGCUUGUUGAAAAGUAUACGCAGCCAUUCCCUGCGCUGCUUGAGAUUCCAUCCAAGGAGCAUCCCUACGACCCAGAAAAGGAUACCAUCCUUAAACGCGUGCAGAAAUUAGUCGGCGAUUAG